CAGUCUUGGUGAUCUCCUUGAUCAAUUGCAUGAAGACCAACAACAUCCUGCCUUUUGACAGCGUUCUGUGCCCAUACAUCCGCGAUGCGAUGUAUGAGUCAAAACUACUACUCAGACGGAUACCACUUCAUGAAGACAAGUAGGCACUCUUGAUAGGUCUUAGGGAGUUUUUUUGCCGGCAGGAGCGUUCCAUGCGAGCUACGCCGUAAUGAAAAUGAUAUCCGGAACUCCAAAUCACAGGAACGAAACGUGUUGCGGAAGCAGCGACCCUAACAUUUCACCAGAUCUGACUUAUGCCGCUUUCCAUCCACCUUCACAGUUCAGUAUUGAUCACCUCAACCAUCAUAUCAUCAAUUAUUACCCAGAAUCGAAUAUCAAUAUCCAAGAUGGCCGUCGUCGCCAAUAUACUAGAAACCCGCCAACAUCUAAUGCCGGCCAUCAAGUUUUGGGUUUCUCCUUUGUGCCUCGAACUCGAACCUUCCGAUCUUGGCAACUCAACACCGGGAUACCGCGAAAGAGUUAUACUCUUCGACAUCCUGAACGCCUUUCACCAGGCUGGUGGCAGUUUCAUAAACAUAGCCAGCAAUCCACAAAAACCAUGGAUUGAAAAAACAAUAGGGUACUGGAUGAAGAUGCGAAAUACUCGCAAGGACAUGAUUAUUGCAAUAAGUUCCGAGAGUGGGGCCAAAGAAGACUCGAUCAUGGACUCGCUCGAAAGUUCUUUGCGCAGACUAGAUAGACCUUGGGUUGACAUAUUCUACGUUCACCAGUGUGACGCCGCGGCAACACUUACCAAGAUGAUGGUACCUCUGACCUCUGCUGUCAAGGCUACUCAUAUCAGAUUCUUGGGCGUUUCAGAUACCCCUGCCUGGUAUGUGGCAGAAGCAAACUGCUACGCCUAUUACGCUCGUCUCUGUCGAUUUGUCGUGUAUCGCGGGACAUGGUCUGCCUACUCUCGCGACUUCGAACACGAGAUCCAGCCAAUGUGCAAAACCCAUGAAUUAGGUGUGACACUAUGUGAUAUUCCUGAAGAAGCUGAAGCCAUAAGAAAAGUUGCCACAAAGGCGGAUGCGACCAUCGCCAACACUGCUUUGGCAUACAUGAAGCAUGUAUCCCCAGAAGCCGUUCCCAUUGUCCGCGUAAGCAGCGUCAAACAACUCGAAAGCCGCGUCCAGGCCUUACAUAUCAAGAUUACAGCAAGCGACAUACGCCAGACCGCUGCUGCUGCAAGGAUCCGUCCCAUCUUUUCUCAUGAACCGCUCCCCUACACACGGCAACAGGACGCUGCCUAA